AGCGCGUUGCCAGAUGAUGCAUCAUCGUUUCCUAUCUCCAGCUCCAACGGCGAGAAGCAAAACGAAAAAAAAAUCCUUCUUUUACGCGUUUGCCAGGCUCUCACAGGGAUCCAGAUUGGGUUCCGGCCGCCGUCAUCCGCCGCCGCCUGGUACUGACUUUCUUUGGCCGCUGCUGUCGCCGAUGAGGAGGUCCAACUGAUGAUGCUGAAACCGGAUCCUGACGCGCUCUUCAGUGGUGGAGGAAUCAGCUUCCUUGCUGGAAAUAAAACCGGAAGAUUCAGCUAUGGAUAUUCCUCCUUCAAGGGUAAAAGAUCAUCAAUGGAGGAUUUCUAUGAAACAAGGAUAUCUGAAGUUGAUGGUCAGAUGGUUGCAUUUUUUGGUGUUUUUGAUGGCCAUGGAGGUUCUCAAGUGGCAGAAUAUCUUAAAAGUAACCUUUUCAAAAAUGUGAGCAAUCAUCCAGAUUUUGUUAAAGACACAAAGUCAGCUAUCGUUGAAGUGUUUAAACAGACAGAUAUUGAUUAUCUCAAUGAAGACAAAGGGCAGCUUAAAGAUGCUGGUUCUACAGCAUCAACAGUUGUUUUGUUAGGCAAUCGCCUUUAUGUCGCAAAUGUCGGGGAUUCCAGAGUUGUUGCUUGUAGGUCUGGUUCAGCAAUUCCAUUAUCUAAUGACCACAAACCUGAUAGAUCGGAUGAACGUGAAAGAAUUGAAAAUGCUGGUGGAUUUGUAAUUUGGGCUGGGACUUGGCGUGUUGGUGGUGUUCUUGCGGUUUCUCGCGCAUUUGGAGAUAAGAUGCUUAAGCCAUAUGUUGUUGCUGAACCAGAAAUUCAGGAGGAGGAGAUUGAAGGUGUUGAAUUUUUUAUCAUUGCCAGUGACGGACUUUGGAAUGUUGUCUCUAAUAAGGAAGCUGUGGAGAUGGUUCGGGCAAUAUCCGAUGCCGAGACAGCUUCCAGAAAUCUUAUACAAGAGGCUUACAACAGAGGAAGCAGUGAUAAUAUUACAUGCAUUGUGGUUCGCUUCAACAAUCCAUGACUUAUUAACCUCUGCUUGAGCCGAUCCUCUGAAUUACAGCAAGGUCCGUAGGGGCAAAAGGGACCAACUGCACAAGUUUUUCUCUUCUUGAUCAGGCAGGAAAGACUCGGCCUCGCAAAGAAUUCUCGAGUAACAAGUUUCGCUCUUUUAACGAUGAACGUAUUCUCACUACCUAGAGUACUCAUGCAUUUUGUAUGGCCUCUGCCCCAUUAAUUGGUGUUGUCUAGAAUGUGCAGUAGCAUCAGAUCUUCAGGUUUUAAGUUCUGUAUCAACUGGAGUUACAGUGCUGCAGUAUCUUGCAAUUGUUGCCAUAAUUGUUGUUUAUGAUAGAGCAAAGUCUUUCAUAAUUUAUUUUGUCCUAAU